CUCUGGCCGGGAAGCAUCUCCCGAAGCUGCGGGAUAAAGCGGACAGCCCGGUGCGUAAAGGGGCCGCGCGCUCCUGGGGGUCCCCUGCGGACGCGCACGUCAAGGUCUAUGCUCCCGCAGCUGUCCACGCACACGCAGCAGUGCAGGAAACCCCAACAGCUGACAAGAGAACGGAGAGAGUCGCUUUCAAAGCGGGCGCUGCUGCCGCUGCUGCGCGCGUGCCUUCCUCACUCCAAACCGCGGGCGCGCACCGGAGGCUGGCGCCCGCGGCGCAGCGCGCCGUCUCCGACCAGAAGCCCAGACUGCAGCACAAGCAGCCGCUGGUGACCCCGCACGACUACAUGCUGUCGCUGUACUGGUCUCUGUCCAGCGGCGGGAUGAACGGGAGCGCGCUGCACGAGGCCGCGCUGGCCAACACCAUCACCAGCGUGGUGGACAGAGGUCAAGAUGACCACGGGCCGCUGCUGCGACGCCAGAAAUAUUACUUCAACAUUAGCUCUCUGGAGCUGGAGGGGCUGCUGGGGGCGGAGCUACGCAUCCUGAGGAGGCCCAUGUCCGAGCCCCGCAGAGCCUCCGCUGCUGACGAAGGGCGAGGGAAAAGCCCGCCCCCUUACCUGAAGCUGUACACCUGUGCUUCUGCCAAACAGAAAUGGGUCCUGCUGCAGGUGAAGAGCAUGGAGGACCGGCUCAGCACGCUGAGCAGCAAAUGGGAAGUCUUUGACAUUUCUAAGACCUUCAUGAGCUUGAAGAAGCAGCAGAGCCCCCCCUCCCAGCAGCUCUGCUUGGAGUUGGAAGCUCUGGAGCACCGCAGAGGACGUCCCAUGGACCUUCGCUCUCUAGGAUUCGCGCGUCUCGGCAGAACAAACAAAGAAAAAGCUUUUCUUUUGGCUUUUGGCAAAAGCAACAAGCGUGAUCUCUUCUACAAUGAGAUCAAAGCCCGUUCGGGCCACGACAACAAAACCGUCUACGAGUACCUGUUUACCCAGCGCCGAAUGAGGAGAGCCCCCGCAGCCAGAGGGACAAAGAAAGUCCUGGAGCUGCCCAUGCAGUCGCUCUCCAAAAACCAGCCAGGGAAGGCCCGGCAGCGCUGCCACAGGAAGCAUCUGCACGUGAACUUCAAGGAGAUGGGCUGGGACGACUGGAUCAUUGCUCCUCUGGAAUAUGACGCCUUUCACUGCAGCGGAGCCUGCGACUUCCCUAUCCGCUCUCACCUGGAACCCACCAACCACGCCAUCAUCCAGACCCUCAUCAACUCAAUGGACCCCAAGGUGACCCCUCCCACCUGCUGCGUCCCGACCCGCCUCAGCCCCAUCAGCAUCCUCUACAUCGACUCUGCCAAUAACGUGGUGUAUAAGCAGUAUGAAGACAUGGUGGUGGAGUCGUGCGGGUGCAGGUAGCACCGACAGAAGAGCAGCUGGUCUUCACGCCAGCUUGUUCCAUCUGUCAGACUGGAGGAUCCACUCUGGUCAGAGCCUCUGCUGCAGCUCAUGUCAUCUUCUAGCAGAUACCAAAGACCGAACGGAGAAGAAUCAACUCGAACGGUGCUGAUGAGCCAACGCUGGCAGCAAUAACCCAAAUGUGCCUGGAAAGCCGGAGGUUGAACAGACACUCGGAUAAAAAGGAUUUGGGUUCUUUUGUCCGAAUGUGUGUCUGUUAUUGUUGUAAAAAGUUGUUUGUGUAUUAGAAACUGAAUUGUACACAGAACCAGCACUUAACUGAUGGAGUAUUUGUGAGCCUUAUCCAGAACAUGAAUCUGGGAUGUAUAAAUAAUGGCCGGUGAUGGAGAGCUGAUCUGAUCUGCUUCUAAGAUAGUCUCUAAUAAAAAUGUUAAACUGACUGAGCUCCAAACUCCCGUCCUGCAGACUGAACUAUCAGAGGAUCUGAAGCCAAAAUGACUCGUCUCAAGAAUGACUCGUGUUAUCGUCUCACCUCGUUCGUGUGUUACUGUAGUAAACGAGCAUUUUGACAUUAUCAUAACAACUGAGUUCAAAACCUCAAAGGAAAAACGAACAAUUUUAAAUCAUAAAUGAGUCUUUAAGCAGUUUUCUAGGACAUAUUUCCUGAAGAACGACUCACAUGAGGUCGUAACAUUUCUCAGAUCUAAACUCUUGCAGAAAUGUGAACAUAUCCUGUAAAUACAUUCUCUCU